GAGAGAGAGAGAGAGAGAGAGAGAGAGAAAGAGGGGGGGUGAGAGAGAGAGAGAGAGAGAGAGAGAGAGAGAGAGAGAGAGAGAGAGAGAGAGAGAGAGAGAGAGAAAAAGGUGAGGGAUGAUAAAGAAUAGAAAAGAAGAGAAAAAAAUGGGAGGGAUGGGGGGAAUUAUGGAAAACUGGCAAACUGGCCUAUGGCCAGCUAACCAUGCUUCAGACGCUGCAAUUAGACGAACAUCGUUCGAGAACAUAAUAGAAAUUCCCGCCCACCCGCACGUAUAACAAUUAUAGCCUAAUUGACUCUUUCAUUUUUCUAUUUAAAUUUCUGAGCAUGCUGGCGAAGCCCCUCACUUCUAGAUUGAAAUAACCGAGCCAUGGUCUACAUAUUGGCUUCUAUUCAGAUACAAGUCUUGGCUUCAAUCGGCUUUACCUGCACUCUGAACUUUUAAGGUUGACAAUAAAUGUUGCUGGGUAUAGGGGGCGCUCGUGCCUGGAAGUACAUUUUGUUAAUUGAAAACACAGACUUAAAAGUGACUUGAACGAAAGAUUUUUUUUAAUUCUUAAAAGUGGAUCCAGUGUAUACCUGUGUCAUUGGUUAUUUCAGAACUACGAGCGUCUGUGUUUUUUUCGGUUAAAUUACUGUCUUCUAAAUUUCGAAGAAACCAGGGGCUCCUCAUUGUUUUUGCUGAAAGUGGAUGAGAUCGAACUAUCUCUGCACGCACCGAACUGAAAUUUCGGGACUUCAGUCGUUAUACAGCGUUUACGAUUGGCUCAAGAAAACCACGUGACGUGGUGAACUACAUUCGAUUCCAGUCCAGUUUAGACCAAACGAAGAAGGAACUGUGGAGUAAGAAGUGUUGAGGAAGAUAAAAGCUUGGUGCACUUGUUAAGCAUCUGAUCAGACAUAAGAGAAAUGAGAUACGAACGAAGAAUCUCGGAAGCCAACAUGAGUCAGAACGGAAAUCAAGAACCGCCGGACGGGGCUGCCAAUGGAAGAGUCCCGGGGAACCCUCCUCAAAAAUUGAUGAAGAAGAGCUCUUCUAUGUACCUCAACGUGCGCAUGCCGCAGAGACCAGACCGACCUACGAUCCCUCAUGAGGACUCACUAGAAGAAGAGAGCUUCUACACGUACGGGGACGCCAGCUAUGAUCCGGCGGACAAGGUGCAGACCCUCAUCAACCAGGUCAAAGACCCCAAGCACCGGACCAGGAAGCUUUUUGUGGAGAUGGAUGUCCUCACCCAGCGAGGGGAGGAGAUCGAGUGGCGGGAAUGGGCCAGGUGGGUGAAAUACGAGGAGAAAGUGGAGGACGGGGGCAAGAGAUGGUCCAAGCCUCACGUGGCUUCUCUGUCCAUGCACCAUCUGAUGGAGCUGAGGAAGAUCUUGCUGGAGGGCGUGUUCCUGCCCGACGUGGAGUGUUACUCCAUCUCGCAAGUGGUCGAGCAAUUCCUUGACUCGUGGAUCGCGAACCAGAGCCUGGACCCUUUACUCCGACAGCACAUGCGAACUCUGUGUCUGCAACGUCACCGUCACCGACACGAAAAGGGACGACCCGAGGACAAGAGGAAGAUGAAGAGGAACAACAGUGACCUCUUCCGGGGCAUGUCUUCCUCCAAUCUGGGUGACAUGCGCACGGUUCCAAGUGCGGUGAGUCUCCAUAGCAACCUGUCAAGCAGCAAUGACCUUGAGGGCCUUGAUCCCGAAAAUCUUAGCAAACAACAAAACGAGCGCUUCUUGCGGAAAAUUCCUAAGGGCAGCGAGGUGGCCAAUGUGAUGGUGGCAGAAGUGGAGGAACUCAACUCGUACGUCUGUGGCCUCCUGCGACUGAACGACGCCCGGAUCCUGGGCGACCUCUCGGAGGUGAACCUACCCACGAGGUUUGUUUUCUUCUUGUUUGGACCAAAGAACGCCUUGGCGGAGGCACAAGAAUGCGGACGUUGCUUGUCUACCAUGCUGGUCGACGAGGUGUUCCGUGAGGUGGCCUACAAAGCUCGUUGUCGCGACGACAUUGUGGCCGGAAUUGACGAGUUCUUGGAGCAGGUGACUGUGCUGCCACCUGGAGAGUGGGACCCCAAGAUCAGAAUUGAGCCCCCUGACAAAGUCCCAGAUCAGAACUUCCGCAAGGUUGCAUCUUCUGCCGCCCUCAUGGACUCCGCGGAGAAGGGAGCGGAUCAUGGCGAAGAUGAAGGUCACGCCGACCCAGACCUCGUCAUCAGUGGCCGUCCUUUCGGUGGUCUUAUCAAAGACAUAAAGCGAAAGUUGCCAUGGUAUGCAUCUGAUUUCAAAGAUGCCCUUCACAUCCAGUGCCUUGCUUCCUUCGUCUACAUUUUCUUGGCUACUCUUACGCCAAACGUCACGUUCGGUGGUAUGCUGGGUACAGAGACAGAUCAGUUCAUGGGGGUGAUGGAGUGCAUCUUGGCUGCAGCUGUGACUGGUGUGGCUUUUGCCUUGUUCUCUGGACAACCCCUCAACAUCCUGGGCAGCACAGGUCCUAUGUUAGUCUUAGAGAAGAUCAUCUUCGACUUCUGCAAAGACAAUGACUGGGAAUUCCUUCCUUUCCGCUUUUGGAUCGGUAUCUGGACAGCUGGUAUGUUACUUCUGAUCGUAGCCUUCGACCUCUCGGCUCUGGUCAGGUACAUCACCCGUUUCACAGAGGAGAGUUUCGCGUCUCUCAUUGCUCUGAUUUUCAUCUACGAGGCGUUUGUCAAGCUCUCUGAUAUCGCCAAAAAAGAUGCGCCUGUGAGACUGAACCCGGGCGAUCACCCCGAGCAGCCCAAUUGCUACUGCAACUUCACAGCACCCGACUGGUGGAACAACACCAUGGUAACCACCGCUGCCCCUCCCCUGAUGAAUAUGACGUUGUCCAGCUUGAACGAGACCCAGUGCAUGUCUCUGAGCAAGUCUCUGAACGGCCUCAAUGAUGUGGGCAUGGUUGACUUUGUCUGCGACGAUCUCUACUACAAGGCUGACGUCUUUUUCUUCUCUUUCAUUUUGUUUAUGGCCACCUUCUUCCUCGCCAUCUUCCUUGUGGACUUCCGGAACUGGCCGUGCUUCCCCACCUACAUCCGUAAUAUCCUGGGUGAUUUCGCUGUCCUCAUUGCCAUCUGUUCUAUGGUGGGUGUGGAUGCCGCUCUGGGCUUAGACACCCCGAAGUUGACUGUGCCCACUGAGUUUAAGAAAGGCAAAGGCUACCAUCUUGACCUUCUGGUCUUGUCCAUCAUGGUGGCUGUCCAUUCUCUCCUUGGUCUUCCCUGGUAUGUGGCAGCUACUGUGUCGGCCAUCGCUCACGUCAACUCCCUCAAGAAACAGUCCGAGUGCACAGCCCCUGGGGAGAAACCCACCUUCCUGGGUGUCAGUUCAUCGACCGAAUCAUGCUCAUCUUUAUGCCAGUGAAGUACCAGCCUGACCACCGCUACUUGAGGCAUGUGCCCCUGUGGCGGGUGCAUGUGUUCACCCUCUUACAGCUCAUUUGUUUGGUCGCCUUGUGGGUCGUGAAGAGCAUCAAGAGUAUCUCCAUUGUCUUCCCGUUGCUGAUCUCGGCCAUUAUAGCCGACGCGGGCCUCCACUUUAACAAACCCAACAGCCCGAACAUUCCGGCCACUGAGGGAGGCAAGGCGUCCUUCUUCAUCAACGACGACCAUCAAGAGAGCCCUCCCGCCUACGACAACAAAGCUUUUGACACUACGAAUGACGUCAACACAAAGUUGUGAUCUGCUGCCUGCGUUCAUGGCAGCUAUCUUAAGGCCUAUAUCCUGACUAUCAAGUCUGUAUUUCCUUCAAAGAAGUUAUAAAUAGUAUGCCUACUACAUGUAUCUAUAACCUCUUUGAUUUUCCCCCACCUGCUGCUUGAGCAGUAGCUUUUCGUUUUGUCGCAAACAACUGGGUGGCCCAUAAUAAUAGAUCCACUUUGCCUUAAAGGAUAUAAAUUAUGUAUAUCUGUAAUCUAGAGCCGAUUCUCUUCACCAUCUUGAUGGAUGCAGCUACAACCAUUGCACAUAAUUGUAUACGGUAUUCUAUUGGUAGAGCUGGGAUAAUUGCAGAUAGGAUACUACUUAUUGUCCUUUGUAUUAAGUUGCUUAAAAUGUAUUUAUAGCUACUUUUUUCCUUCGCUUUCUGUUUCUUUUUACAUUCUUUCUUUCUGUCCCCCUCUUCCUUUCC